CAUAGGAAACAACUGAUUACAAUGUGUUGACUAUUACAAUGGUUAAGACUGCACUGGGAAUAGAUUGAUUACACUGUCUAGUUACAAUGGCCAAGGCACUGCACUGCUAAAAAUGUCCUUGUCACUUUCCCAAUACUAAAUGGGUUAUUAAGCCAGUAAAUCCUAGGACUAAGUCAAGAUAUUAGAUAAGCAUGAAGAAUGAAUGCUUCAUGAUAAAAAGAAGUGGAACUGGACAUGAUGUGUCCUUCUUCUAGAGGCCAUGACAUGACCUAAUGGUGACUCAGGCAUUUCAGCAAAACUGGUCUUUCCAAGAUCCGAAUGGCUAUCCAUGUGUGACGUUCAAGUAAGGUUUCCCGGAAACUGCACUUCUGUGAUGACAGCUUGCAAGCUGGGGCCGAUGUUGAAAUACAGGGAUUAACAUUAUGUCCCAGCUAGGGUGCUCUACUAUUAUUCAUUCCUUCCCUUCUGCAACACUGUGACUAAUCUAGUUAUGCAAACAACUUUAUUACCAUUGUUCCCAACCCCGCAAGUUGUUUUUUUAGGCCACAUUAGUUUUUAUAAUCAUUUCCACAGUUAACUGGCAAUUUCUUAUCUGGGCUGGUGCAGUACCGGACCACGUGACAUGCGAGUGUGUCUUGCCUCGUCAAAGACAGAUGUCACUUGGUGUUAACAGUUGACUUGGGCGGGUGAAUCAUGAGUUUGUUUUGGAGAUAUCGGAUGAACAAACGUCCCCACGAAUGAACCAACAUUUGAGCAGUAUUGCAACUAGGUACAUCAAUUGCAAUGAGACAGAGUAUGAUCACCCCCACCACCACCCAAGCUUUUAAGUGAGAAGAUAAGUGGUGCAGAGGGAACAAAGCUGGAUGAAGACUUCACAGAGAUGGAGAGGAAAAUUGACGUCACGAACAAAUCGGUUUUCGAGCUGUUGUCCAAAACCACAGAAUACCUCCAACCCAAUCCAGCUUCCAGAGCCAAGCUGGGCAUGCUAAACACUGUGUCUAAGAUCCGGGGCCAGGUGAAGACCACAGGCUACCCGCAGACAGAGGGGGUGCUGGGGGACUGCAUGCUGCGAUACGGCCGCGAACUGGGGGACGAAUCCGCCUUCGGCUCUGCAAUGGUGGACAUUGGUGAGUCGCUGAAACAGAUGGCUGAGGUGAAGGACUCGCUGGACAUCAGCGUGAAGCAGAAUUUCAUCGACCCCCUGCAGACACUACAGGACAAAGACCUCAAAGAGAUCGGGCAUCACCUGAAGAAGCUCGAGGGACGCCGGUUAGACUUCGACUACAAGAAGAAGCGGCAGGGCAAGAUCCCCGACGAGGAGAUCAGGCAGGCCGUGGAGAAGUUUGAGGAGUCCAAAGAGCUGGCCGAGAGGAGCAUGUUCAACUUUCUGGAGAACGACGUGGAGCAGGUGAGCCAGCUGUCAGCGCUGGUGGAAGCAGCCCUGGAGUACCACCGCCUGUCCCUAGAGAUCCUGGAGGAACUCAACAGCAAAAUACAAGACAGGAUAAGCACAGCUAGUAGUCGACCUAAGAGGGAGUUCAAGCCAAAGUCCAUCAUGAGCAGUCUGGAAGCCCUGGACAACACACAGCACAAUGGUUUAUCAUACAGCUCAUCAAUAAAGUCAACAGAUCAUCAGAUCAACCACAGUUUAAAUGGCAAAACCCAUUCCCAUCCAGUUGAGCACUUCACCCCCAUGCCCCAGCCUUGGUUAGACAGGUCCGACGGUGAUGGAAAUGGCAACGGCAACGGCAACGGCUACAGCCAGUCAGAGAUGCACAUGGACCAGCCGUGCUGUCGUGCGCUCUACGACUUUGAGCCGGAGAACGAGGGCGAGCUGGGCUUCAAGGAGGGAGACCUCAUCAUCCUCACCAACCAGAUUGACGAGAACUGGUACGAGGGCAUGAUCAACGGGGAGUCCGGCUUCUUCCCCAUCAACUACGUAGAGGUGCUGGUGGCUCUGCCCCAGUGAGGAGCCCACCUCCCCUUACCUGACCCCCCCCCUAACCUGACCAGCCCCCUGCCGCCCUCUUCUGCCCCUCCGCUGCCACCUUAUGCUCCCUGCCAGCCCCCACUUGCUCCCCCCCUGCUACGUGUAGCCGUGAUGUCCAAAAAUGCAGUGUGCAGAGUCCUCUGCUGUCCUCUGUACACACACUCACACUCACACACACGCACGCACACACGCACACACACACGCACACACGCACACACACACACAAUGACUUACUUACCUGAUAAAUGUCUGGCCCCGUGCAGUGAAUGCCUUGCUAUUCAACAAACAUUUUUUUUAGGAAUUGUCCUGUUGUAUCUGCUCAUGCCUAUUUAUUUUGUACAUGUGUCUUUUUCUGUGUGCGUUGUUUUUCCUUAUCUUUUAUGAUCUUACAGUACUUCUGUUUGUGGUAUGCAGUAAAAAAAAAUGGUGUAUGCGUUGGAAUUCACUCUUGCUCUGAAGUUAUUUUCUUUUUCUGUUCUAUAUGUUUUUGUUGUUUUUAAAUGACGUGGUGCAUAUCGUUGGGUUGGUAUGUUCGUAGGCUGUCUCUGUAUAUUUCUGCUCAAAUGUGGAACUUGUUACCUGCCUGCAGUGGUCUUACGUGUUUUGAAGAAAAACACAUUUUUAAACUGUGAGUUUUCUGAACUGCAACUCAAUGAAUGUCCUCUUUUACCAAGUCUUUGUCCGUUUACAUGGUAUUACUUAUUGUGAUGCAAACUAAAUCAUAGUAAGUGCCCGAAGCUUUGUGUCAGGUAGGGUAAAAAGAAAAACGAAACAAAAAAGACUGUAUUACUUUUACCGUUAAAGUGCUUUUUCCAAUGGCGUUUGUAUUGCACUAAAGCUUUAGAUUUCACUCCCAUGGAUGUGCACAUUUCUCUUCUCUUCUCUUCUCUUCUCUUCUCUUCUCUUCUCUUCUCUUCUCUUCUCUUCUCUUCUCUUCUCUUCUCUUCUCUUCUCUUCUCUUCUCUUCUCUUCUCUUCUCUUCUCUUCUCUUCUCUUCUCUUAUUUUUUUUUCUCUCUCUCUCUCUCUCUCCCCCUCUCUCUCUCUCUCUCUCUCUCUCUCUCUCUCUCUCUCUCUCUCUCUCUCUCUCUCGUUUUCAUUCCAUAUCUUGCCCUCCUCUGCCCAUCAAGGGUUGAUGUUAUUUCUGUAUGAGGAGAUAACCACUAUUUAGUCCAUCACAGUGCCACCCUGUGGCCACCUCUGACACACCAUGAACACAGAAUGUCAUUGACUUAUGACUCCUAGUUUUGUACUAUAGGCCUGCCAUUGUACUACUGUCUGCCUCAGUGUCGUAGAUUGAAGGAAAAGCUACAAGAACAACAAGACCUACUUUGUACCAGUAUCUUCAGUCUGAGAACCCUGUGCUCUACUUUGUGAAUGGAAGCAGUGGAACUUUUUUUUUCCUUUUGGAAUGCUUCUUCUUUUCUUUCUUUGAUGAACCAUUAUUUAACUGACCAACGCUGUACCCAUUCCAUGUCAGAUGGAAGUGUGCUGUACAGCUACGCAUAUAUGUCAUGUCAUGAGUAAAUGUUUAAAUUGCAAGCUUGGUUAUGUUUCAGGGUGUGAUGCCAUAUACUGUAUAGGGAAUAGCAUGUGAGCUAUGUAUGUAUGUUUGUCUGUAUGUUUGUAUGUCAGUUAGGAGGUACAAAGGCUAUGUUUAUACUCGUCUCCAUUGAAAAUAGAUCAUGUCACUGAGUUCACACACACACACACACACAGACACACACAAAACCCCUACUGUGUUACUCAUCUUACAGCGUUAAUCAUUAGUGUAGGUCACUCACAUGUUUUCUUUUUUUUUUCUUUUUUCUUUUGGGACAGAUGUUUUUGCUGGACAAAUCACAGUUAAGCAAAGACAAGGGUGAACAACACCCCUUUUAUGUGAUUUUGAUAAUGAACAAAGCUAUUUUUGUGACCUUAAUAUCAUGCCUUCGAGUCUUAAUGCUGAAGAACAAAAAAACAAACGAAACUGGAGUGUGAGGAGCUGUCCUCUGGGAAGAUGAAACAAAACAAAACAAGAGAGACCUAAAUGUAUGUUCCUCCUUCCUUUUUGUUUUUGCUUUGAGCCAUACCCACCCUACCCUCGGUAACCACCUCCUGUCUGUCCGAGUAGAUCUUGAGCCGAUGGGAGACUGAAACCAAUAGACUACAGAAGGGAGUCGGGAAUGUUAGCCACUAAGUUAGUGCUGGAACGUCUGUUUGUCUGUCUUUAUGUCCAAAUCCCAAAUCACUGUUGGAAAGCAGACGGUUUGCCCACACUAUUUGAGUCCUGUCUUGUUUCUACACUGUAAUUUCUCGAGCCAUCAACCCCAACCCCCCCUUUCUCCCUCUCUCUCUCUCCACACUCCUUUGCCUUGGCCACUCUACACAGCACGCCUUUCCAAACCAAUACAAACUUGCAACGGAAGCUGUGCAUGAGAAUCCUCUUUGUCUUCUAUCUUGUCCUUUGUUCUGUAGCAUAAUUUAUACAAAGUGUUUUAUAGGUGUUGUAAAUGAAUAUAUUAUUAUUACAUACUGUAUAUUGCAUAAAUAAAUGAAGAUGAAAUACCA